AUGGCAUUUGGUGUGGCAUGUGAGGCUUUAUUAUAUCCCAACCAUGAACCAUCACUCAUGUUAAUUCCUAAAGUAAUCUACAAACCAUACUGGCAGAUGUAUGGUGAACUUUUCUUAGAGGAAAUUGAAGGUCGCCUUGAUAAUGAGACAUGUCAAGCUGAACCUCGCUUGAAUGGUCACUGUCCACCAAUUUACAUAUUCCAGAAAGUAAAUGAUAAAUCUGAGACCAUUUGGAGAUUUUAUCGAUAUGAGUUGAUUUAUGAAUAUUUUGACAGACCAACACUAGUGCCACCACUGAUAUUUUUCAACCAUAUCUGGAGACUUUAUUGGUACAUUGUUAGUCGAUGUAGAGGAUCUCCUAACCCAUCUACAGAUUUCAAACUUAAACUUGAUGAGGAUGAAGUCUUGGAACUCAACAAUUUUGAGAAAAAACAAGUGGAUAACUACUUUAUCAAGAAACAAAAGAAUACUGACUUGAUCCCAGAAAUUCGAAUGCAGAAAACUGGUCAAAGACUUGAUCAAGUAAUGUUAGAACUUGAAGACAUCCGAGAGUCUGUCACUACUGGUCACUGGGGUGGCACUGGCCGUAUUAGCGAUUCAGCUGUCUCUUUACAGGAUGUGGCUCGUAAAGUGAUGUCAAGUCAGAGAUCACCAUCUGAAUCCUUUAUAUCAGGAUUGGCAACAGACAACACAGAUAGUAGAAAUGAUGAACUGAAAGAAAGAGUUGAAAAGCUAGAAGGCAAUAUGGAGAAUAUUAUCGAUCUAUUGAAUUCAAUUCAAACUACUCAACAAGAGAUGAUAAAAGUUGAGAAAGAGAAGGUUUUGAAAGAAGCUAAAGAAGUUCAUCAUGUGUAUUAUACGCAAACACCACAAACCAAGCAUUCAAAACACAAUCUCCAUGAUAAUGAGGAGCAACGACAGUUGCUGAGACUUGGGAGUUCCUUUGAGGGUGUGGACACCACAGAUCAUGCUGAGCCAGGACUAUCAGAGUCCACCUAUAAGAAGCUAAUACUACAGGGUUCAUUGCCAUUGUCUCCUGGAUCAUCACAUGCUGUUAGUAUUGACAAGGUAGACAGUGACUACCAGAGGCAACCACCACUGACUUACCGUGAACGACUUUUGCAAGGUUCUUUACCAACCUCCCCUGCAUCUACUGUUGAUGGUGAUUUAGAUACCGGCUUGACACAUCAGAAGAAAUUACACCGUCAUCCAACAUCAUCUUCAUUACCUCAUGCAGUUAGUACGGAAUAUGAACCACAAACCUAUCGUGACCAACUCCUUUAUGGUACUGCACCUAGUCUACCAUCUGAGGCUUGGCUGUCAAAAUCACGAAUCAAGCAAAAAGAAAAACCACCAUCACAGCUUUCAUAUCGAGAACAAUUGAUACACGGUUGUCCGAAAAGUGGUACAGAUGAACACCAUUCUGAUUCUAAUUUGUGA